CAUAGGUUGCAUCUUGAAGCUAAAUAAACAAAUAAAUGGGGAACAAAGGAUGCCAGUCUUAGAAAUUAGGUGUAAAAAUGUUAUUUAUUCGAAUUUAUUUUAGCUUCAUUAUUAUAAUAUACCCGACAUAUUAUUAUAGGACUUGAGAGGAUUGAUAAAAUUAUCACAGGACAAUAGAAGACAGACCGGGAUUAAAGCCUCAGGUUACAUGUGACAUGAAUUAAUCUCUAAAUUAGCCUGUUAGCCUGACAGCUGCUAGCAAGACAGCACGUCUUCUUAUCGGGCUAACAUGAGUCUGAGGAAGGAAUAUUAUUUUUUCUCAUGAACCUUAUUUAUACAAAAGAUUUUUCAAUGCUAAUAUUUAUUACAUUCAAUGGAUUCUGAGUGAGAGACUGAAUGAUAUAAUCAUGCCAUCAGCAAAGGUGCUGAAAAAUGCUCAGUAUAUUGAAUUGGGCAGUUACCAGUAUUGGCCAGUUCUGGUGCCCAGAGGAAUCCGCCUGUACACUUAUGAGCAGGUGCCUGGGUUUCUUAGGGAAAAUCCUUAUAUCACUGAUGGCUACAGAGCCUAUCUGACCUCUAGACUGUGCAUUAAAAGCCUUUUCAUUCUGUCCAAUGAGACAGUAAACAUCUGGAGUCAUAUGUUGGGAUUCUUCUUGUUCUUUACACUGGGAGUCUAUGAUUUGCUGGCAGUGUUGCCUUCAUUAGGAGCUUCUAGGGAGGACUAUGUCAUCUACUCCAUAGGUCUCUUCUGCUUCCAGGUGUGCAUGCUGUGCUCCGUGGGCUAUCACCUGUUCUGCUGCCACCGCUCCGAAAAGACCAGCCGGCGCUGGAUGACGCUGGACUAUGCUGGAAUCUCUGUCGGAAUUCUAGGCUGUUACGUUCCUGGAGUAUUCUAUGCCUUCUACUGCAAUAACUACUGGCGGCAGAUGUAUCUGUUAACUGUUCUUGCCAUGAUGCUAGCAGUGUUCUUUGCUCAGAUACACCCUCAUUACUUGACCAAGAAGUGGCAGAAGCUGCGCUCCAUUAUAUUCUGUACUGUAGCAGGAUACGGCCUUAUUCCCACCUUUCAUUGGAUAUGGCUCAGUGGGGGUUUCAGCUCAGAUGUAGUCCAGGAAUUUGUUGCCAGACUGCUGAUAAUGUAUGUACUUGCUAUAGCUGCUAUCAUCUUCUACAUGUCCAAAGUUCCAGAGCGUUAUUUUCCAGGUCAGCUGAACUACUUGGGCUCCAGCCAUCAAGUCUGGCACAUACUGGUGGUGCUCAUGUUCUACUGGUGGCAUCAAUCUGCACUCUUCAUAACCAACUAUCGUCAUUCUCACCCUUGCCCUGACUACCAUCUUCAUUCCUAGAGCAUUGGGGUAGGAGGGUCAGCCCCGUGGACUGUUGUUUACCAUUUUGAAUUGUCUUGAAGCUUGAACACAUUCAGUGUUUAUAAAAUAUGAUCGCUAUAUGUAUGGAGUUAUUUUAAUUGAGUUGUUGUUAUAGGCUUUUUUUCAUGUAAAUUUUACAUAAGUGCCUAGCUGUUCCAGUCUAAAUAUUUUCAAAAUAAAGGCACUUGAUAGGGUAAAGUGUUAGGCUUUAAAAAAAAAGUUUUAAAAGCUAAGGUGUAGCAUCGCUUCACAGCAUCUGCCUGAGGUGGGUUUCUACAUCUUAAAACAAGUACAAAAUGUUUUCUUUGUGUCUGUGUUUGGGUAACAUGCAGUAUUUAUCAGUUAUCUGGAAAAAAGUGUUAUAUACUAAUAGUUAAGCAUUCAGUAUUGUAUUUUCUUUUCAAUACUAUUUUGUUUUUCACUUUUUUUGUUUUUGCAGCUAGUGUACAGCCCUCCUCACAAACUGAAUAGUACUACAUUUCAAUUUAUGUGCAUUUCUAUAUUAAAUAAACUUCAGUGACAUGUCCACUACAUAAUAUUUAGUCUAAAUGAGACGCUUCAUCUUAAAGUCUCCUUUAUAACAUUGCAGAAACCAAAGAGGAUUUGUAGGGCUUUUUCAGGAUUGAUCAAAUGUUAAGCAAAAACAAUGACAUUUAUAUUUUGAAGGUUGUUGCACAUCAUUGCAAUUUUGCAGAAAUGCAUAUAAUAAUUAGUUCUAUUAAGGCAGAUGCCUUUGUUUACCAUUUUCUUUUGCUUAAGUUGUGCUCUUGCUCAGUUUACCACUAACAAUUUUAAAAUGUAUUGGAAGACUAUUCAGUAUUUUAAGCUUAGUAAGUUCGCAGUGGAACUGAAACAUCAGUUGAAAUCAUGUGGAGUCAAAUUGUCAGGAUCUGACAUCCUUCUAGGACACCAAGUUAAGAAUUUGUGAAAUACAGCUAGUGUUCAUUUUAGUUUUUCUCAAUUGCUUUGGCUCAGUUCUCAAAUGAGAAUCUUUUUUUUUUUUUUUUUUUCAAAACAAUAAGUUAAAA